AUGAACUUGAACAUGAACUUGAAAAUGAACUUGAACAUGAACUUGAACAUGAACUUGAACAUGAACUUGAACAUGAACUUGAACAUGAACUUGAACAUGAACUUGAACAUGAACUUGAACAUGAACUUGAACAUGAACUUGAACAUGAACUUGAACAUGAACUUGAACAUGAACUUGAACAUGAACUUGAACAUGAACUUGAACAUGAACUUGAACAUGAACUUGAACAUGAACUUGAACAUGAACUUGAACAUGAACUUGAACAUGAACUUGAACUUGAACAUGAACUUGAACAUGAACUUGAACAUGAACUUGAACAUGAACUUGAACAUGAACUUGAACAUGAACUUGAACAUGAACUUGAACAUGAACUUGAACAUGAACUUGAACAUGAACUUGAACAUGAACUUGAACAUGAACUUGAACAUGAACUUGAAAAUGAACUUGAACAUGAACUUGAACAUGAACUUGAACAUGAACUUGAACAUGAACUUGAACAUGAACUUGAACAUGAACUUGAACAUGAACUUGAACAUGAACUUGAACAUGAACUUGAACAUGAGCUUGAACAUGAACUUGAACAUGAACUUGAACAUGAACUUGAACAUGAACUUGAACAUGAGCUUGAACAUGAACUUGAACAUGAACUUGAACAUGAACUUGAACAUGAACUUGAACAUGAACUUGAACAUGAACAUGAAAUUAAGCUCCGAAUCGCCGAAAAACGCUUCUGAAGGACAGAAACCGCAUUUUAAAAUUGAAACGGAUUACGGACCUCAGCUGUGUAUGUUUGGAUUGUAA